AUUUUCAUUUUUUUUUUUUUUUUUUGAUCAAACUCUCAAAUACUCGAGUGUUUUUCAACGAUUUUUUAUUCUCAACGAAUACGGUGAUGGUAAAAUGGUUCGCAACGUACGUGUAAGUAUUAGUUUACUAAUUACUCCACUCGCAGGUUUAAUUUCUAAACCAUCGAGAUAUAAAUCCUGCAAAUUUUCCAUUUCAUUGCUAUUUUACGUGGGCCUGAUUUUUGUCGGAGCGCAAGACGACUCGAAACAACACGUGAAAAAGUUGGGCACAUGGACGAAUACGAGUAAUAAUGCGAAUAGGACCGCACCCGCACCCGCACGCUCGCUGGAAUCCGACGACAUAUUCAACGACGAAUUCGUCUCGGCCAAACACUUCGUCGAUAAAUCCGAUCUUUUGCGAGUUUUCUUCGAAGACUACCGCAAGAGACAUUUCAUCACUUGCCCGUCGGGAUUUGGUAAAACAACGAAUCUACACAUGAUACGAGAAUUUUGCCAGCUCGAGUUGAAUGAGAAUAACGCGAUUACACCAUGGAACGAGAGCAAAGCUUACGCGUUGUUCGAAGGGACGAAAAUAAUGCGAAAUCAAAGCCUACUCGUAUCCAAAAAUCAUAUGGCUCGACACGCCGUCGUACACUUGGAUUUCAACUGCAGCUCGCACUCGUUUGUUCGUCAUCAUCAUCAGACAGACGCAGACGGAGACAAAAAGAUGACGAUGCCAAUGGUGAUGGAAAUGAAUCGUCAAUUAGCGUGGAAUUUCAAACCGUACACCGCCUAUAUCAAACAAUACUACAACGCUAACGCCGAUAUAUGGUGGAAUCUGACGCUCGACUUUCAAAACUGGCUAAAUUCGUCGAUUCGCACAGCGGCGGCAGGCACGAUGGGCGACGAUGAUUUUAGCGUAAAUUUCGCAAACGUGGUUCAAACUUUUUUGACGGUUUUCGACGGCGAUAUCGUCGUACUAAUCGAUAACCAAGAUUACUACGUGAAUCCGAAAUUUAAAAACAUGCAGAGUAGUAUGGCAAUAGGCGUAGAAUGCUUGCAAAAACUACUUGACGACGCGCUGAUCGAUGCGAUCGACAAGUACGAGCAUCGUCUGUACUUGCUGAUUACCGGAAUAUCUAGUAUCAGCUUUUACAGGCGCAAACUACACGAGUACGUGGACCAUUCGAAUUUCGCCCAAGAUACCAAAUACGCGGCGUAUUUCGGUCUGCUCGAAGCCCAAGUACAAGAAUUAUUCGAUCGAUACGACACCCACGAGUUAGAGCGAACGUACAUUCGAAAAUACUACAACUCUUACAAAACAGCCCUGCAUCGAUACAGCACAUUCCAGCUGACCAAUUAUUUCGCCAACAGGAUUAAGCAAACUUCAUCGUCGGUCACUAUACGCCGCCGCCAGAGUAACGGCGAUCGUUUCGUCAACUCUACCGAGUGCGAGUGCGAGUACGAGUACGUUAGAUUAUUCUUAAAACAGCCGCGUUACCUGGAAGAUGUGGCCAAAUUACUCAAACACUGCUCCGUAGGCGAUGACCACUCUUUCGAUAAAACAUACAACAACGUAGCCGUAGCGGAUCUCGCACGAUUCGAAAACUGCCUGACUGGACGCGGGCGCAAGAAUUUCGACACGCUCGAGCUCGUACCGCAUCGACUGCUGCACACGAUGAGCUUUGAGCACGGAUUCAUCGGUCGAGCCAAAGAUGGCUCUUACGUGAUACCGAAUUACGAAACGAGACGACUAUUCGAAGCGGAGCUGCGUUACUAUUUCGAAAACCAUCUUUUCAUAAAUGUAACAGAAAUCGGUGUACAACUGUUGGACAUGUUUUACAAAACAGCCAACAAAACGGGCGACGUAUCGAGCCAAGUGAAACAACUGCUAGCACCGGCGUACCAACGAUUACAGCCAGUUAUCGGCGGCGGUGGCGGUCUAAAUCGUUGCCUCCUCCGCAACUUCACCUUCGCCCUUCAUUCGAUAUUACACUUGGCAGCUCUGACCAACGACGCCCUGACCGUGGUCGACGAUUAUCCGCAGCCGGUAUCGCAUCAGCCAUCCGUCGCUAAUUUUGAUCGAAGAUGCGUCACGCUUAUCACGGGCGCAGGGGUCGCCGUCGUAUUCAAAAUAACUCUCGAUCGAUCCGCUAAAAUUGCCAUGGAACAGGCGAUGACGUACGCUUAUCAAAGUCCGCAUAUUAAAUACCUCAAAUAUGUGGGCGUAAAUGUCGAUUCUUACGGUUCCCUCGAAGCCGACCAUUGCCCCAAAAGCUAUUUUUUGCAAAAAGGCGAAAAGCCCGUCAGCGAAGAGUUGGAAAAAUUCACCAUCAAUUUCGAAGAUAUAUUGAUGAAGCAAGAAGAAGAGCUUCAACAGCAAGAGCAAGAGCAGCAACAGCAGCAGCAGCAACAACAACAACAACAGCAGCAGCAGCAGCAACAAGAACUGCAAGAUGAAAUGUAGAUUCUUGUGUUCAGAUUCCAUCAAUUCCAUCGAUGAUUAUUGAUUUCAGUCAUCUUAUGUACCUAUGUAUGUACUACAGUCGGCCCCGCUUAUUAUGGAUCCGCUUGAUAAAAUCACCCGCUUAAUUCAAUCAAAUGGCUUGGUCCCGAUUUUUUGUACCCAAUUAGUAAUUACACAGAAAAUCACUCGUUUAAUGUAGGUAAUCAAAUUCCCCGCUUAGCAGAAUCAUUUUGUGAAAAUAUUGAGGUAUUUGGGAAAAUGGCUUGUUUUUUCAUACUUUAAAUCAAAAAUUUUGGAAUUUUUCACUUAUUAUCCUCUUAUUUUUAAAUUUUGAUUUCUAACAACUUUCUCUCAAGUGAUGAUAAAGGGAAAAAGGUCUAAACAUUUGAAAAUUCGAAAAAUAGAUAUGUUAUGUACCUAAAUCGCGAAUUUGGGAGUACCUAUCGUAAUUUUAACCCAUCUUUUUAAUAUGCAUGUACAUUGUGAAGUUGUUGUAAAUUUUUUUAUGUGAAAAUUGUGUUUUUUAAAAAGUUCGCUUUAUAAAAUCACCCGCUUAAUAAAAUCAAUUUGCCUCAGACAAAUGCGACCAUAAUAAGCGGGGCCGACUGUACCUACCUACCAGUAUAACUCGAUAAGUAUAAGUACAGGUACCAGUCGAACGAAAUGGAAAAUGAAGAAAAAUAAUUUUUUUAUUCGCGAGUCUCGUCGAUACAACUUGGUCAAUGGUCAAUGGUCAAUGGUCAAUGGUCAAUGGUCAAUGGUCAAUGGUCAAUGGUCAAUGGUCAACCACAAAAUAUGCUCCGAGCCAUUUUCUACCCUUCUGUGAAACUUCGGAGUAGCUUCUUUAGAUUUAUUUUUCUCUUACAUAGGUACGAUACAUCCAUUACUAUUAUGAAUUAGAGAAUCGCAUUCAUUUCAAACAGAUUUUCUGUUAGCGGAGAAAAUUUUCUUCCAAUAUAGGUAUUUGUUCCAUAAAAUUAUUACAGCACG